UUUAAAAUGAAUUCUGGAAAGACUCCAGAGAGUGGCUUCAUAGGUCAAAGACGCAGACUUCCAAGAGGAAGAGACGAUGAUGAUGACGAUUUUGGUAGAGACAGAGGGAAUAAUGCAUCUGGGUUUAUUGGAUCAAGCAAUGCGAGGCUUGGAAGAGAUGAAACUGGAUUUGAAGGACUGGAAGGUAGGCAUGAAGACCCGAGAGAUUUCGCACCCAUUGGUAACUCUUACCCAAAUGAGAGGGGAAAUGGUUCUAGAGAUAGCCUCUCUUUUGAAAAUUCUCAUAAAAAGCGAGCUAAGCCCGCACAGAAGACUGAAAAGCCUCUGACCCAUAUUGAUCGAAACACUGUAGGAAAAGUUGUAGAACUGAAAGAUAAAUAUCAGAGGCUUAAAGAUAGGUCAAAUGAUAAGGAUAAAGAGAUGAAGAUUACCGAUAUGAAAAUUGAUGCACUUGCUGAAAGGAUUAGAGAAAUUGAUAAAAAGAAAGCUGAAUUUAAAGACCAGUUGUUCGAAGAGAAAAAGAAAAAUAAUUUACUAAAGAAAAGGCUCGAUUUGAACGAGCAAGAGAAACUUGACCUUGAACAACAACUUGAAACUGGUAUUAAGCCAAAUAGGAAAGGAAAGAAAGGCAAAGGAAUCUUCGGAAAUGUAGAUAUAGAGGGUCACCAACAAAUGCUAGAGGAAAGAAGAAGGAAAGAGAGAGAGGAGAUGAGACGACAGCUCUUUGCAGGUGUUGAUUUCCUUGGAGGCGGACAACUUAAGGUAAACCAAAGUACCUCAAGGAAAUGCUGGGAGACAGUAAGGUACAAAGUUUUAAACUUCUUUGAUACAAUAACGCCUCACAAAACAGAUUUAAAAUAUAUAUCUGCGAAAUAUGAUAAGGCAACAACUGCAUUCUUUCAGUUUUAUAGAUUUGUGGUGGCAUUCUCUAUAAUACUCUUUGUCUUCUUUCUCCUGAUACUGACUCUGCACACCAUGGAUUAUUAUGCAAACAAUAGCUUCACUAGCCCAGAAUACUGUAACAAUAUUCCUUGAUAUUUCUAUUACUCAAGGUUUGAUGACAAAUUUGAUUUUAUAUACGCUCUAUCGUAUCUGGUCUUCGGAGCAGUCGGCCUCACAAUUUGUAUAAUCCAGUGGACUUCCUUCAGUCUCAAAAACAUGCGCUCUAAGAUUUACACCAAUGAGGAUAUUCUAUUCAGCAAGAUGUUCUUCAAUGCUUGGAACUGGAAUGUGUACACUCAUGAGGACUACUUUGAGGCUAUAAGUUACAUUAAGAAUGAAACCUCUACUACUAUUUAUGAAGACAUUAUUCGUGAGAAGGUGAAGAACAGGACCAAAGAGCAAAAAUUUGACCUGGUGAUCCGUCGGAUGAUCUUCAUCACUCUCAAUGUGAUCCUGAUCAUCGCUGGAGUUGGAGCUAUAUUUGCAGCCAAUCUUUUUAACAAUGAUAUUCAGAAUAGCAUCAGCGGGCCUUCAUAUGCGACUGCAUUGAUCCCUUCAUUAAUAGUUUCCUUUGUGAAUGGAAUUGUACCAGCAAUGACAAAGAGAAUCACUGCUUGUGAGAAAUAUGAUUUUGCAAAUACCUUACUGAAACAACAAAUUUGGAGAAUGUUCGCUAUUAGGAUCUUGAAUUUGACAAUUUUUAUGCUGCUGAAUAGAGAAUUAGCAUUUAAUGACGGUAUAUUUGCAUCUUCACCUAUCAUUGAAUUCGAUACAGAGGUGUACGACUGAAGAGAAGACCAGGCUGCCAGUAAUUUAGCAAGACUCAUGUUCACUGAGUAUAUAGUUAAACUGAUAUCCGCCUUUGGCUGGAUGAGUCUUAACUUUUGCAAAGGAGGAUGUGGUGCAAAAAGAGGGUGGAGAGCUGAGUUUCCUGUUUCAGAAGAGGUCGUGUGGUUGCUGUAUUUCCAAGCAGUGGUAUGGUCAGCUCUACUUUGGAACCCCUUUGUAGCACUCAUUUAUCCUCUUAUGUUCUAUUGCAUGUUUAAAUUUAUUUACUUCAAGAUCUCAUGGCUUCAGAAAAAGCCUUUAAAGAGUACUAAUGCUCAAGAUCUGGGUAACUACAUCAUGACUUUCCUGAAUGUUUCCUUUGUCCUGAUGUUUGUUUUUAUUGGAUUUUUAUUAUCAGACAAGCUUUCACAUAGCACAUAUGACUCAACAAAGCAAUGAGGCCCUUUUGCCAAUAAUAAAGCUUGGAGGGAGUCAUUUGGAAGUGAUGCAGACAAUGUCUAUUCUGAUUACUACCCUAUCCUCUGGCUAAUCUUUAUUAUCGUAAUCUGAGUCUACUUCCUCAAGAGAAACACCUCUAUUAUAGUCAGAGAUUAUUCAAAAGAGAAAGAUAAAGAGUAUAAAUUAACUCUUAGCAAUCUGGAAAGAAGCAUUGCUAGGAUUAAGAAUAAGAUUGAGCUCAAGAAAAUGGUAGAACAGACAUAGUAUUAAUCCCAAUAUU